CGGAGACUGCCUAAGUAGCUGCGGCUGGUGAGGAGAGACCGGACCGGUUUGAGCCAAUCAGCUGCGGGGAGGGGCGGGACUUCCUACGCUGAAGCCGGAGUGGGUCUGUUGUCCGGCUUUCCGCGGUCCCGGCUCCGUGGAAGCGGCGGCGGCAGCAGCAGCGUCUCCGUGAGGAGGUACGCGAGGCCAUGACGUCAGCGUCCACAAAGGUCGGAGAGAUCUUCUCCGCGGCGGGCGCCGCCUUCACGAAGCUUGGGGAGCUGACGAUGCAACUGCAUCCCGUGGCCGACUCUUCCCCCGCGGGUGCCAAGUGGACGGAGACGGAGAUAGAGAUGCUGAGGGCUGCUGUGAAGCGGUUUGGGGACGAUCUUAAUCACAUCAGCUGUGUCAUCAAGGAACGGACAGUGGCUCAGAUAAAGGCUACAGUGAAGCGCAAGGUAUAUGAAGACUCUGGGAUUCCCCUUCCAGCUGAGUCACCCAAGAAAGGGCCCAAGAAGAUGGCAUCUGGUGUCUUGUCACCUCCUCCAGCUGCACCUCCGCCAAGCAGCUCCAGUGUCCCUGAGGCCGGGGGUCCUCCCAUAAAGAAACAGAAGGCUGAUAUGACACUCAGUGCUCUGAACGACUCCGACGCCAACAGUGAUCUGGUGGAUAUUGAAGGGUUAGGAGAAACUCCUCCAGCCAAGAAACUCAACUUCGACCAGGACAGCCUGACCCUGGAUUCUGGCCUUCUCAUGACCUCUGCUGAUACUCCUCUGCUCUCUCGCUGAGCCUUCCACCUCUGACCCCUCUCACUGUUCUCCCUGGACCUGUGGAUCGCCUGGGACUCUGAGCAAGGCCUGCAUGAGAGAGGGUCGAAAGGCUGCUGGGGCCACCCACCUUGCUGUUCCUGUAUAAGCAUUUGCCCCAACCCCUUUGACCUCCAUCUGAUGGACCUUUUGAUACAAAAAACAAUAAAGAUUUCCCUCUCA